CUAACACUAGCUGUUGUGUUUUUGACUUUUUGAGUUUGCGUGUGUCUGCUACCGCUUAAGAUAGUCAACAUUACGCAACUAAGUUCUCAACUUAGACAUAGAAGCAGUUCCAAAUUAACAAGGCAGAGAGGAUCAAAACUCAAAAGCCAAAAGGGAAAGGAAGAUGGGGAAGCUGAAGGUGUAUGCGGAUCGUAUGUCCCAGCCUUCUCGUGCAGUCCUCAUCUUCUGCAGGGUUAAUGGAAUUGACUUCGAGGAGAUUAAGGUAGAUAUUUCCAAAGGUCACCACCUCACUCCUGACUUUACGGAAGUAAACCCUCUGCAGAAAGUUCCGGCUAUUGUUCAUGGAAACUUGAAGCUCUCCGAGAGCCAUGCAAUCCUAUUAUAUCUUGCUUCUGCUUUUACUGGAAUUGCUGACCACUGGUAUCCAACUGAGCUGUCUAGAAGAGCCCAAAUUAACUCAGUAAUGGAUUGGCAUCAUUCUAAUUUACGAAAUGGAGCAGUGAAUUAUGUAAUACAUACUACACUAGCACCUGCCCUUGGCCGUCAACUGAAUCCAAAAGCAGCUAUUGAAGCAGAAAAGGUUUUAUUAUCUUCUCUGAAAGCACUGGAGGAUUUCUGGCUCAAUGGAGAUGAUGGAGGCUUUCUGUGUGAUAACACCCAACCAUCGGUGGCUGAUCUCAGCAUGGUUUGUGAACUUAUGCAACUUGAGGUUUUGGAUGAGAGGGAUCGCAGUCGAAUAUUAUCUCCUUACAAGAAAGUUCUUCAGUGGAUUGAGAAUACAAGAACUGCAACGAAUCCUCAUUUUGAAGAAGUACAUAAUAUCCUUUACAGAGUUAAAAAGAAAUUCGAACAGCAGCGGGCAAGGACAGCUGAAACGGGGACUGAUCCUAGCAACAGGAUGGGGGGACCUUCAAAGAUAUGAAACUGAUGACUUUAUCUUUGUUGCUGAAGUGUGACAUAAAUUAGAUUUUCCUUUCAGAAUACCUGUAUGCCUUAUAAUAAAGGUAUCAUAUGACACCACUAUACAUGGAGUAUCCGCAGCAUAUUUUGCACGUGUAAGACUCAGAAAUAAUAGAAGAGAUGCGAUUGUACAUGGGUAACA